AACUUUCCCCUCAGCAAAUAACUGCACUGCUUCCUCAUUCUCCAAGUUCAACCAGUCGUAUAUUGACCAGGAGUGGGGAGAGAGAAGACAAUGUGCCUAGCCAGUGACUUAAACUCGAAGGCUUGAUUUGAUAUUACUGAACGUUCUGAGUGAACUGGAUCCAGCGUUGGACCGGGCCAAAAGACGGCUCUCUCAGAGGAAACAGUGAAUUGAACUGGACUGUUUGGGACCGGGACAAAGUGGGACCAUGGCAGCCCCCUCCAGACAGGUGCACAGGAGGAGGGACACCAUCACAGCUCUGCCCCUGUACUACUCAGGGCACCUCCACAAGAAAUACACCGGAGAGAAGGACUUCAAGAAAUUUUACGGAGAGCUCCGUGGAUCUACAAUCUUUCUGUACACAGAUGAUAUGAAUGAAACUUACUCAGAGAAACUGGACCUUCGGACGUUGAAGUCCAUGGUAAUGGAGUCUCCCUACAAAAAGCAGAGGCCGACCGUCUACACUCUCAACCUGUCCAAUGAGGAAGUGCAGCUAAAGGUGGACAGCCCUGAUACUGGAGAGGAAUGGAGAGGCUUCAUCCUGACUGUGGCCACCAAGGAGAUCCCCAAUAAGUUGCAGUUGCUCCCGGGUCAGAUGCUUAGGCUGCAGGAGGUUCUCUCUGAAGAGCAAAAGAGACAGGCCAUCCGUCCUCCCCUGUUCCCCCCCACCUCCCACUACAUCAAUCACUCCGCCUCCUCACCUGCCUCCUCACCUGCCUCCUCACCUGCCUCCGACAGCUAUGAUGACAUCCUCUCAGGAGUCCCCUUGUGUUUCUUCCCAGUGUCUCGCCAGGAGGCAGAGAACAUGUUGAAGGAGAACCCCAGUUAUGGGAGCAUCAUCCUCCGCCCCUCGACAGACAACGUUAACUACGCCAUCAGCGUUAGACAGGACAAGCCCAGUGGCCAGGUGAUGAAGAACUACAAAGUGCUUUCCACAGGCACAGGCUUCGUCAUUGAACUAAAUGACCCGGUGACCGUCCUUUCCCUGGCGGAGGCUGUGAAUCACUUCCAGAAGGUGACAGAUUUCCAUUUGUCCCCGUACCAGGUUCCCCAGCCCUAUGACACCUGUAUUGAGCUGCCACACGCCCGGCCGCAUUUGCCCUCCAAAACCGUCCCCCGGGCCAGAGUGGCACCGAUGAUCCGCACACAGUCCCCAGCGAGGGACACCUCUCCCUCCAAUCCAGCCCCGCCGACAAGCAACGAAUAUCUGCAACCAGACGACAUAGUAAGCCCAGACCCCAGAAACAUUGAUCAGGAGCUCUACGCAGUGUUACAGAAGAGAAGGAAGGAGAUCUACACUGAAUCCACACUUCCAGUUAACGACGACAAAACAUACAUGGUGUAACAGUCUCUAGGUAUUUCUUACAAAGUAAUGGAGGAAAAAAGUAACGGAUUUUGUACCCAAUGUGUGUAAUUUGAACUUCAGUGACUCAAACGUGAUUUAAAAACCUUUUACCCUAUAUUUCCUAGAAAACAAUCUAUGAAAACUGUUGUAUGUUAAUAAUAUGAUUUGUAUUGUUUAAUUAGCUUUUUUUUUUUUUCACAGCUCACACUUGUUCUCAGUUGAAAAUUAAGCUUUCUUAUUGAGAUUCUUUGUCAAUAAAAUGGUACAUACAGAUUAACGCUGGCUUAGAUGUCUGAAUGUUCAAUCUGAUACACAUUUACAGAUGGCACGGGUAAACACAGAUCAACAACUCACAGAGGCAGGAAACUGACAAUAAUUGCAUUUUUAAUUGUAUUCCUGUACUGCCCUCAAACUCAACUGUGGAUCACUAAGCCAGUUCCACUAGU